GCACUUGAUUAGAGUUGGUUGUCUCUAGCAAGCGCACCAGAAACUUAGGCAUCUGCUGGAACUGCUGCGAAAAUGGUUUUGAAAGCUGUGUGUGUGUUGAAAGGAGCUGGAGAGACCAGCGGGACCGUGUAUUUUGAGCAGGAGAGUGAUUCAGCCCCUGUGAAGCUGACAGGAGAAAUCAAAGGCCUUACUCCUGGUGAGCAUGGUUUCCACGUCCAUGCUUUUGGAGACAAUACAAACGGGUGCAUCAGUGCAGGGCCUCACUUCAACCCCCACAACAAGCAUCAUGCCGGUCCUACUGAUGCGGACAGGCAUGUUGGAGACCUGGGAAAUGUGACUGCAGGAGGCGAUAAUGUUGCCAAGAUAGACAUCACGGACAAGAUGCUCACCCUCAAUGGCCCAUACUCCAUCGUUGGCAGAACCAUGGUGAUCCAUGAGAAGGCCGAUGACCUGGGAAAAGGGGGCAAUGAUGAGAGUCUAAAGACAGGCAACGCUGGUGGACGUCUAGCAUGUGGUGUCAUUGGCAUCGCCCAGUAAACGAUUAACACAAAGCACUGGAAACAACUUUCCCCCACAGCACUUACUAAGACCAACAUAGCUACUUAAUGUGACAGUUUGUCCUUUUCAGUACACUUUUUAUUUACAGAGUAGAUGAUUCAUGCUUUACCCUGUCAGUUCCUCAUGACAAUUGUUUGUUUGGGUUUAUAUGUCUGCUGAGUAGUUUUGGUCCCAAAGAAUUGGUAACGCACAAGUGAUAAUCAGAUGUAUACAAUUUACAAAGCUGAUGAAUAAAUUGUCCAUCUGAAUCAUG